AAUUAUCGAUUGAUGGGUUGAAGCUUUGCAUAUAAUUUUUUUUUACAGCAGAAGAUGAUCGACAGCAUUGGGUUUCAACAAAAGGCGCGUUUCAUCAGAGUUUUGAUGAACGAAAUCAGAAUAAUGUGGAAGAGUUCAGCAAUUCAUGUGUCGAUCUAAAUAAUCCGAGAGGGUUUUCAAUGAAACGACGUCCGGCAUUUUCCAGCGGUGUGGCUCGAAAUUAUGCAUUUUCCUCCGGUUGCAGUGGGAUAACGAAUUCUCCCGGAUGCUCAGCUGCCUUUGGCAAAGGUAAUGUACGUACACCAGGUCUUGGAGGACGAUCACCACAGUCCUCAUUAGAUUCAAGUGAUGUUGGACAGAUUUCGAUGAAUUUGAUGCGCGUUAAUGGAGCGAUUGCACCUUUCAAAGCUUUGCUAACAAGCCUAACAAGUGCGCCUGAUCCAUUAUCACCUACUACACCAAUAAAAUCUGGAAGAAGUGCUUCCUCGCAGUAUCUUUCCAGUAGUAUUAGUCCAAAGAAACUUCAUAAAAUUGGCUCACAUUAUGUACUGGAAAAUGUCAACCGGAAAGAAAGCAGCACAACUCGAUUAUUCGAUGCGCCAACAACCAACGCUGAAAGAGAACAAGACUCGAAGAAAUCGUUAUCGCUUUUGCUUAGCGAAGAUUUGGAAGGCCAACGAACAGCAAACGAUGAUUCGGAAAGUCCACUAAUGAGGAAAAAAGAAACGAGUAGUGGUCGACUAAUUAGACGUCAAUUAUUGUUUCACGUACGACGGGUUACCAGCGAUUGUGCUUUGUUUUUUGCAGCAAUUGGAAUUGGCUUAAUGAUUGUCGACAGUGAAAUGAAUGCAGCUAAAAUUUAUCAAAAAGGAUCAUAUACAAGUACGAUUUUGAAAAGUUUAAUAUUGCUAAGUACAAUUGUUUUGGUGGCACUUGUUAUCAAAUUUCAUGUACAUGAAGUACAGUUAUUUAUGAAUGCAAACAACGCAGAAGAUUGGCGAAUAGCCCUUACAUGGCAACGCAGUUUACAAAUUGCACUUGAAGUAAUGGUGUGCGCAAUUUGUCCACUUCCUAUUGAUAUCAAUUUUUACUGGACAACAUUAAGUGGGGAGACGAUGAAAACAACAGAGUUACCACUUGAUGUUCUCUUAUCAAUUCCAAUGUUUUUUCGAUUAUAUUGGUUGUGUCGUGUCAUGCUGUUACAUAGCCGAUUGUUCACCGAUGCAUCCUCAAGGAGCAUUGCUGGUCUUAAUAGAGUUAAUUUUAACGCACGGUUUAUUUUGAAGACCCUAAUGACAUUAUGUCCCGGUACUGUACUUAUGAUAUUCACCGCAUCUUUGUGGGUAAUUGCCGGAUGGAUUCUGAGGUUGUGUGAAAGGCAUCAUGUCACUGAUUCGAUUAACAUUCAUGCGCAGAAGCACCAAGACUAUCUUAAUUCUUUGUGGCUAAUUGCAAUAACUUUUCUUUCCGUUGGUUACGGUGACAUUGUACCAAAUACAUAUUGCGGGCGUGCGAUGGCCGUUAUUACUGGUAUUUUGGGUACGUGCACAUCAUCAAUGGUGGUGGCGGUAAUAGCUCGAAAACUUGAAUUAACUCGUGCCGAAAAGCAUGUGCAUAAUUUCAUGAUGGACACUCAACUUACCAAACAAUUGAAACAUACGGCAGCAAACGUGUUACGUGAAACGUGGCUAAUUUAUAAACAUCGAUGUCUGGCGGAUAGAAUUGAACCAGCGAAAAUUCGUAUGCAUCAGCGCAAAUUUCUAGUUGCCAUUUAUGCAUUACGAAAAGUGAAACGGGAUCAAAGAAAGUUGGCUGAAAAUUCGGUUUCUCUAGGUGAUGUCGCAAAGACUACAUCAAGUACAUAUGAACUGGUGCACGAUGUUCAGAGUAAUCAAGAAGGGUUAUCGCUAAGAAUGACCGCUAUGGAGUAUCAACUGGCCGAUAUUAAUCGUGAAUUAAGCGCAUUGGUCGAGUUUUUGCGACCAAACCGGAUUUUGAGAAAUGCUAGCCUCGCAACAGCAGGAAUUAUUGCUUCACAUGAUAAUGGUGUGAGGAGGAGAUGUAAUGCAAUGGAAAGUUGAAAAUUCAUCUGAUAUUGAAGGAAGUGAGAUCAUUACCGCUUUCAGGACUAUUAGCGCUCUCAUGACUUUGUUUAUAUAUAUUUGUGGAGACUAAAAAAAUUUUCGUUUUGUUCUUGACUAAUUUUUUACCUUAUAAUUAUAAGUUCCUGGAGAAAAUGUUGGAUGCGAAUAAAAGUUAAUGCCG